CCCUCGACUAGAGAGUAUGUGAGUGCCAGUUAGUUAGUGGUGUUUUUCCCUGUGGCACGCUGAUAGUGUUAAUAAACCCCCUUCCUCCCCUCUACCAAGUGUCCUUAACUAAAGAACACGUAAAUUGAGUGUGAUACUGUUCUUCUUCUUUGGGGGUAAAUAUAUAUAUAUUAACGUAUGAAUAAUGUGCAGUUGUGGAAAAGAAUUCUAAGAAAAACACGAUCCCGAGAUUUGUGUUUACGUGUUUUAGGUAAGUCGCCGCCAGACAAGUGCCUUUCGGAUUUCACUGUGGUGGUGUUGCCUUUUCACUGUUAGAGCGAGCUGCUGGUAAACGACUUCUCUCACUCUAGUCUCUGCCGAACUGUUUGUGUGUGUGUGUGCAACGGGAAAACAAAUAAUCGGCCAAUCCGUGGAGUGUUUAAAUGGUGACUUACAGCGAAUACCAACCAGACGUGUCAACUAAACUCAAGGAGGUGAUGGUGGGGAGGUGAGAAGAAACUAGUGGUGGACGCCCGUGACCCUGUACACCACCACCAGGAUGACCUACCACUUCACCACCACCAGCAGGAGACCUAUCACCACCACCACCAGAAGUUACCUCAUGUUGGUGUUGGUCAUGUUAGUGUGGCAGAGUGUUGCGUCCACAGCUGCUAGAAACGAUGAUUACGAUUACGAUCUUGUUGAGGAUGGUGGUAUGGAGGUGAUGGAGGGGAGCGGACUGAACGUGCCACACCGCCAGAGGAAGGUGACAGUGGGUGACCGAGUGCGCUUCAAGUGUCGCCCCGAGAGCUUUGCCAGUCUCCCUCCUCCAGGCUUUACCGGUACUUGGUACUUCGAUGACCUACCACUGCACCAACUACAGAAUGCGCGCGUCAAAGUCACAGAGAACAGACUGUGGCCUCGCCUACGAGUCAAGACAGCGAGGGUGGAGGAUGGAGGGGUGUACGCCUGUCAGUGGACCAGCACAGACAACAGACACGGCUGGGUCAACUACACACUUAUCGUGGAAGAGGACUCCCCCAGACCUACUCUACCCGCGGCCUUGUACGCUGAUAAUAAGGUCAUGGACGUAGAGGUAGGGGAGGACACCACAGACGUGGCUCCUAUCUUCACCAAGGAACUUAAUCUCCUGAUGAUCAAACCCGCUGGCAAUGUUGCUGAGCUCAAGUGUCAUGCUCGUGGACCCAAUCUUAACACAACUUGGUACAAGGAUGGGGGGAAGCCGUCCCGUCAGCUGGGGGACGUGAGGAUCAAAGGGUCAACACUCAAGAUGGAGAACCUGGUGCCAACAGACUCGGGCAACUACACCUGUGUCAUCUCCAAUGCUUAUGGAUCCAUCAACCACACUUACGCCUUAGAAGUUAUUGAACACAUCCCUUCUCGGCCAAUCUUCACCAAGCAUCUGGAAAAUGUUACCGUAUUUCGAGGUCAAACGGUGCACCUUGAGGUGGAUAUCUGGACAGAGAACACACUGGUGCCUUAUAUAGUGUGGCGCAAGGAUUUACCACUCUCUUGGUCAGACUCUGACUCUCGAGAUUCCUCUGAAAUCAUAAUCGAUAGAGAAAUUCUUGAUGCCGCCAUAAAAGGCCAGGAGGGUGGCAACAUAACCAGCACAGAGGACCCUCAAGUGUUAGUGCUGAGCAACGUGACUGAGAAGGAUGCCGGCUGGUACACGUGUAUUGCUGCCAACAGCCUCGGUACCUCUUCAUCUACAGCCUACCUUAAUGUUACUGAUGCGGAACCCAUCCUUGCAGAUCCUGAGUCUAAUGUUAUUCUGGUCCUGGCGGUGGUUUUAUUCUCUGUCAUGGUAUUGGUAAGCAUCUUGGCCUCUUGCGUCUGGAAAAAGUGGCAGAAGGAAAAACGGAGAGCAAUAGAGCUAGAACGUGCAAAGGAAGCCAUUACACAGCAGUGGAUAAAAAAGGUUAUUGUGGAGCGUCAAAACUCAGAUGCUUCACAGGAGCCUCUUCUUGUCCCGACAAUCAAGAUUGAACGUUGUCAAUCGAGGUCAAGACUGGGAUCUGAAAUGACCAGCAUAUCAGAGUACGAACUCCCUCUAGAUGCUGACUGGGAGCUACCCCGUGCAAGAUUGCUGAUGGGCGAGUCCCUAGGAGAGGGCGCCUUUGGGAAAGUUGUGAGGGCAGACGUUCAAGGAUUUGUCAGACCAGAUAUGAACACAACUGUGGCAGUCAAGAUGCUCAAAGAGGGCCACACAGAUGCUGAACUCAUGGACCUUGUGUCAGAGAUGGAAAUGAUGAAAAUGAUUGGUACACACAUCAAUAUCAUCAACUUGCUGGGUUGCUGCACUCAAGAUGGCCCCCUUUAUGUUGUUGUUGAAUAUGCAGCUCAUGGGAACCUUCGUGAUUACCUGCGUAACAACAGGCCAUCAUCUGGCUAUGAACGAGCCAUUGGCCAGGAGCCAGACACAAUUACAGAAAAGGAUUUGGUCAGCUUUGCCUACCAGGUAGCUCGUGGCAUGGAAUACUUAGCAUCAAAGAAGUGCAUUCACCGUGACCUUGCUGCUCGCAAUGUUCUAGUCAGUGAAGAUCGCAUCAUGAAAAUUGCAGACUUUGGUCUAGCGCGAGACAUACACAGCCAGGAUUAUUACCGUAAGACAAGUGAGGGACGACUGCCUGUCAAAUGGAUGGCGCCCGAGGCACUCUUCCAUAGAGUAUACACGUCACAGUCUGAUGUGUGGGCAUUUGGUAUCCUGUUGUGGGAGAUUAUGACUCUGGGGGGCACGCCGUACCCUGCAGUGCCAUCAGUUGAAAAGCUCUUCCAGUUAUUGAGGGAAGGACACAGAAUGGAAAAACCCUCAAAUUGUUCUCUUGAAAUCUACAUGAUCAUGCGUGAGUGUUGGCGCUGCCAACCAACACAACGUCCAACUUUCAAAGAACUUGUUGAAGACUUGGACCGAAUUCUCACAUUGUCCUCGACUGUGGAAUACCUGGAUCUGUCCAUGCCUCAUCUGGAUACUCCGCCCAGCAGUUGUGACUCCUCUCUCACCUCGGAUGCUCUCACACUGUACUAAGCUGCUUACAUACUCAUUAGUCACUAAGCCAAGUAUGACAGCUGGUGUAGUGCCUUUUUAUUAUUGCUAUAAGAAACUAAACAGCAAAGAUAGAAGUCUGUAGUCAGAGUGAUAAAUUAACAGUGGACGUAUCACACCAAAAUUAUUCCCCUGGACUAAAACUGAUGUACAGUGUGGAGGGAUGAUCACAACCCAUAAUAACAAUAAGAAUUGUGGUGUUUGGAUGUGGCACAAUUACUAAACUUUUAUGUUUAAAAGUGAAAUGUGUUCAUGAUGAUGGUGGCAAUAUUUGAAUAAAAGUGUUCAAAUUAUGACAAAUUUAGAAAAGUGCAUUUAUUAAUUUUACUCUUUAUAAGAAGUGUUUUAAUUUUGUAUCAAAGCAGUAGCUCAGGAAGGAUACUGCUGCAGUUAUUUAAUGAAAGAAAAUACAGAAGUGGACAUGAACUUACUGGUAUGUGUUAGUCACAGUACGGUCACAACGAAGUGAUGAGAUGCUUUUAUCCAAGUCAGGACUAGAAGGUGUCUAUAGUGAAGUGCACAGUGCUUGUAAGUUGAUAACUGUUGUGCUGCAUCGUUAUGUAUUCAUACAUAAUUUAAAAACAUAAUGCAGAAAAUUAGAACUGCAGGAGAAACUCAUAAGCAUUUUAUUUUUAUCGGUACAGUAUUUAUGUUUGUGUGAUCUGUAAAUCUGUAAUUUGUAGAUUUAUAUAAAGGCAAAUAUUUCUGUACUUAAGUUGUUUGUUAGUAAAUGUUACAGUCCAAGCUGUUACAGGUAUUAUGUAAUGGAUCUUAAUGUGCCAUUUGACUUAAUUAUUGUGAGUGCCAUAUUUAGAGAAGAAUUAUAGAUUUCCCAGUUACUGUGCAGCAGGAUGUACGUUGCAUUGAUGUCGUAAAUUUAGUAGAUCUUUGGGAAAUGAAGAAAAGCAAGUGCCAUUUGAAUAGUCAAAUGUGUUCUACAAACAGAUGUGGGUGUGAAGGAUGGCAGUAGUUCUCUCAGGGUUAUCAGGCUAUAGUAAUAUGAGAUAAGAAAGGAAGAUCCUCUCAACUAAGUUGAGAAUGAAGUAAGGUUGAUGGAUUGAAAGGUAAGAUCAUAUGGCUUAAGGUGGCCUGUGUUGUAGGAAUACCAGACUUGCAUUUAGAAUUGUACAAGUUUACAGUUUGUAGUGACAGAAAUGUUUUCAGGGAUAAGACAGGGUUGAAAAGAAAAUGUAAGCACUGUUAUAUGCAGUUACUUAAGGUGUUUCUUCAUUAUUCUGAUAGGAAGCCCUAAUGUAGUACAGUACAGUGGUCAGUUGUCAUAAUUCAUGUAUUGAAGUAAAUUCUUGAGGUUCGCCCAAAAAGGAUGUUAUUCGUGACAAUGCAUGUACUGUACAUAGCCUGUCUACACGAUGGCUUUGAUAUACAAGGGCACCAAGGACAAACUUAAGGAUGUAUAUUUUACUCAAGUGCCUUCAUGUAUGUAGUAAAUGUAAGAAAGAGGAUUAGGGAAGACAUCAUGUAUGGAUUGAAUGAUGGGAACAGUUAAAUUGAAAUUAGAUGAGUAAUGGGUGUUAGUGUGAUUUUAGAUUUUUUUUUUUUAAAUAGCAAACUGAGCUAUAGUCAAUGUACAAAGAAGGAAGAUUUUCCUGCUCAUUAUGUAGAAAAGGUUAUUUUAAAGGAUUCUGAUGUUUUCAAAGAAUGUAAGUACAUUAAGUAUUAGGUCUUUUACCUAAUAUAAUACAGGUCAGAAUAAGCAGUGUAUUAAAAUAAUUACUUGUAAGUCUGCUAUGGUGCUAAUAGUCAUUAGUUACACUGAAAGACAUCCAGACAGCAUAAGGUGGAGGAGUUUACUCACAUUAGAAUUUUUUGUUUUGUUUGAAAACUUUUUAACAAAAUCAAAUACAAUAACCGUUAGUGUUGUUCUGUUUUACUUAUUAUUUUAAGAUACUUAAUGUGAAAAAGAAAAUUUUUAAGUAUAUUUUAAAUCCUACAACAGUAAUUAUUAUUAUUUUUUUCUUAAAACCCUGUACAGUACCUACAUAGUUCUAAGUUGUCAGUCGUAAUACAAAUACAGUAGUAUAAAAUAAUUUUGUGUAAUGGAUAUGUACAGUCCCCCCAAAAAGUAACAUUACUUUUUUUGGUUGGACUGUACAAAAGACAAUGUGGUAAGUAAAGGCCCGAGUUCAAGAUUAUUGCUAUUAAGUUUUGACAGGUAAGUGUAUCAAUAUGUCCAGGAAAGAAUAUUGAAGAGUACUCCUUUAUUUUGUUAAAUGCUACAAGCAGUCAUGCAGAUUAUUCACAUAACCAUCAUUAUUCAUUGUUUGUAGCAGGGUAGUGUCUAUGCUAUAGCUCCCACAGGUUCUCAUGUACUAGUCAUCCACUGUUCACCUGUGCCGUGCAUGGAGGCAGCCCCACUGAUGCUCCACACCUUAUCUACCUCUCUACUCUUUCACUUCCCAUGUUGACACAUUUGAACUUUCAUCUGUUAUUUUAUAUUAAGCAAAUUGAUUUAAAUUUAAUAUUUAUUUAAAAAAAAUUAAUUGUAUUUCUGUACAUCAUUGAAAACAAAAAGUGUAAAACUUAGGAGUAGGGAUGCCACCUCAGUAAAAAGUAUAUAUAUGUUCACAGGCAUACAUUUCUUACACACAUAUGCUAUUGAUGUACACACACAUACAAAUGAUAGACACAUACACAAAUGCAUAUAUGAAUUCAGUGUGAUAAUUUUAACUGCUUAAUUUUCAGUAGUAAUGUAAUGUAAUUUUAAUUUUCAAACCAGUAAGUGAGUAACUGAUGAGUGGGGAGCCCCAUGCACAGCACAGUGCUUCAUGUGCCAAGUGUUGAGUGAUGCCAAAGGCUUACAUUUAUGUUUGUCAGUAUUGGAAGCUUCUGUUUAGUUAGCCAAUGUACUGACAGUAUACAACUAACAUUCUCAACCUUAUUUACACUCUUAUGCAAAGAAAAGUGUAAUUUUUUAUUGUAUAAAAAUAUCCAAGAAAUAACUUCUAUAUCUUAUUUGAUACUGAUGCUUCUAAACAGUGAUAGUCAUUAACUUAAUUUACUAUAAGUGUGGAAGGCAAAAUUAAAAAAAAAUAUAUUUCAUACCAAAAUACUAGUGUUAUGAAAUAUGUUAGGUGUAACAAAAGAAAGCUGUGGCCAUGUUUUCUUGUUCAGCAGGAGCAAUAGAGAUAUCUUUUAUUUAUUACAGGGAUAGGUUAGGCAGUGUCCUACACCAAUUAAAUGCCUCUUAAUCAUAGACAGGUUUCAUUUCAUGGAUUACAUGUAGGUGUAUUUUAGCUGCUUGUCCCAUUCGUGUAGAUAUUUGAUCAAGAGAUGGUGGCUUUAGUUUUUUAACAAAUUGUAUACAUGUAAACCCAUCAUGUAAUAUGGUAAAUGAAAUAAAUUGUUGUUAUCA